GGGUCUGAUACGGAAUAAUAAUAAAAAAUGAUUCAACAAUGGUGAUGUCUCUUAGAAUAACAGAGAGCCUGCGGUUAAUGUUCUUUGUAGUCUCAAAAUCCGUUUGUGUAAUAAUUUUAUUAUCAUUUACAAACCACCGUGUGCCGCGAUAACGCAAUCACGUGUACAUAGAACUACAAUUGUCCUACAUUUGGUUGGGUUUCUUCGCGAUCUCCAUGAUCUUCACAGUUUGAUCUUCACUGAGGCGACUCACCUAUGUCCUCCAAAAACACCUAAUCAAUAUUGAAGUUAAAAAAAAAUCAUUUUCUGGAUACCUCCCUGUGGUGUGGUGAACAAGGGAGGAGAGUGUCCUGAUAACAUGUGCGAUAUGUUUACAUUUUUAUCAGUUCACUGAUAUCUUGGGCAUGCUGUCUUACUCGCCAAUAUAUUGAGUAUCGACUCUUCAUUGCGAAUUGGCACAUUGAAGGUGAUUGAAGCGCGCGAUUUCACAAAUUGGCGUCAGUGCACACGGGUUUAUCGGAAUUUCUUAGUGUAAAAAUUCGCGAUUAGGGGAGAGGAGAAAGAUAUUCAUUCUUAUGUGGGUGGAUAAAUAUUAAUUCUCUCUCAAUUUCUUUUGCAUUUGAAUGAAAAGAAAAUUUUGUGCACAAUCAGCAACAAAUUGCAUAUUGAACGUGUUUGAUCAACUUGAUCCGCGACACUCAUUUGCGCCAUUUGCGCGGAUUGCAACACAUACAAUGUUUGUGGUGUUGUUUCCAAUGUUCUUCCCCUGUUUAUGAUCUCAGAUCUCAGAUUACAAUAAAAAAAUAAAUAAAUUAUUAGUGCAACUGAAAUUUUAUUUGGAAGUUGAAAAAAAAUCAUCCGAGUGCUAUAUUGAGCGUUUGAAGUUUUCCGAAAGGACUAAUCGUGGAGAUUUUCUUCUCUCUCGGGCAGUUUCCGCGGAAGAUGGUGGUGCCAUUCGAGACGACUGUGAAUGAGCAGGGUCAGACAGUGCAUAAGCCCCUAUAUUCAGCCACCCCAUCGGCACCAUCACUCGAGGAGGCAUUCAAUCUAUGUCGCCCAGAAGCCACAGUGUGUUUCCUCAUUCACAAUGGCACAGAAGGUGGGCGAGAUUUUGUUGUGGACCGUCGGGCGAUCCUCGAGAGUGGCACUAAACUUGCAGAGAUCGUCAAUGGGUUCCCCGGUGGGAGGAAAGUUGUCCUCAGAUACGACAGGAUCGAUAUCUUCGGUGAACUUCUCACUUUCAUUGAGAGGAAAUUCAUAAAAUUCCACAAUGUAGAACAAUGCCAACAGAUAUUCCAAGCUGCCGCAAGGUACGACUGCCAGGAGCUAAAGGAACAAUGCAUAAAAUUUCUUGAUAAUCACAUGGAUCUGGAAAAUGUCAUGGAAAUCUUCACAUUGAUGCAUUCACACUCAAAUGGCACCAAAGUCCCAUCGUUCAAGAGUCAAGGAUGCUGCCGACGAGCACGAAGGGAGUUCACGUCAACGGAUGAAUACAUCAGUGCACUCCUGGAGAAUUGCCUGCAGUUCAUUGAUACAAACGCCAAAGAGAUUCUCAGUUCGAGUGAUAUGCUAUCGCUCAGCUACAGUCAAUUGGUGAUGAUUCUCACGCGAGAUACCCUGCAGGUGGGAUCAGAGAUGAAUGUGAUAAAAGUACUGGAGGAAUGGAGUAGAAUUGCGUGUCAGGAGAGAAAUCUCGAAUUAACCGAUGAGAACAGGAGAAAGAUGCUAGGGGCACUGUGCUAUGCUCCGAGGUACCUCACAAUGCCCACACAAUCCCUGGAUAUUGUCUUCAAUCGCGUGGAGCUACUGGAUGAGAAUGAGAAGAACCUCGUGAUUGAUGUGAUAAAUAACCGCCGAAAUUCCAGUAUCACAUCGGAUCAACUAAAAAUGAUAGACAGCUUCCGGAGGAGUCGUACGAAGCGACCAUCCAUGCCCAUCCACCUGAGUGACCGCACACAACCCAAAAACUACUCACGGAAAAUGAGGAAGCACCCCGAGGGGACAAAAACCAAAGGAUCUUGCGCCAUGUACUGUCUAUCGACGCUUAUUUGCUGCUUUGAUUAAUUCCAUCACUAGCACACACGUACGUACAAUAAGGACUUUUUAUCUCAAGCAGAUUUUCUUUGGCUUCUAAGGGGAAUUUGAGAGGUGGUAUAAGGAAUAUCCUGGAUGUCCUGACUACCCAAAGUAUUCUGGCUGGAAAAUGGUGCAAUGGGUACAAUGCUUUAAAGAGGAUCUAUGAUUAAAAAGAAGGGGGAAUGUUUUAUUUCAAAACAGAUUUUAAUUGAAAAGAAAAUUCCGUAAAUCUGCCGUAAUUUGUAGAUUCUGAUUAAAUUAAAUGAAACGAUUAGAAUUUAAAUAAUUUUUUUACAGAUCAAUUCAAAAUUUUAAACGUUCUGAAACAUUAAAAUAGAUCCAAGACUUUGGUAGAAAAUCAAUUUCUUUUGAAAAAAAAAAAAAGAGCUUUUGCUCAUUUUCCAACCACCUGCCACUGCCGACAGAGAGCUUUAGCCGGAGCUUCUGCUUGAGAGAGAUUAAUUGACUGUGUGAUGUGCAAUUUCCAUAAGCAUGACAAAACAUUAGAAAAUAAAAAAAAUAGAUUUUCUACAAAAUUGCUACGAGGCGUACGAGGCACUGUAGAGAAACUAUUAGACCUACCUAUUAAGAAAAAAGUCUUAUUGCACUUGAGUAUGCAAUUUUGAUGUUUUUUUUAUACAUAAGAAAAGAAAGAAAAGAAAGCUUAGCACAAAAAGAAAACGAGGAUACAAAAAAAAAUUUUUCUCUUUGCCUUUGACUUUAUUCCCAGUCACAAAAAAUGGGAAAUGUUUUUAUAUAUUGUUGAAUUUUUCUUGUUUUUACUGUAACAUAUUCAUUUUUUCAAAUUAUAUACUUUAUUUUGUUGGGAAAAGACAGCGAAUUUAUGGUUGAUGGUUGAACGAACAGUUUAUUGUUGUCUGGAUUAUAUAUUUUGUAAAUUUUAGUAAUUCUUCUGAUUUUACCACGAAAAAGAUAAAUUUUGAUUAAAAUAUCAAACACAUCAAAGUUUAUUUGUAACUAAAUUUUAAUUUUUAAAAUGUGAUUUUUCUUUGAUUCUCCAUAAAAUUAGAUUUUAAAUAAUAUUUUUAAAUUAAAAAAUAUAUAUACUCGUCUUCUUGCAGAGAAUUAUUGCUCAAAAAUGAGAUUUAUAGAGUAAAAAAAAUUGUAGAUUUUCUUAAAGAGAUUAGAGAAAAAUGUAUAGAGAAAAAUUCAUUGACAAAAAAGGAGAACAAGGAACAAAAAGAGGAUAAAAAAAUUAUUUAAAAGAAUGAGAAGAUUUCUAUAAAAGAAAAUUAUUCAAUGUGUUGAAAAGAGUAGAAGAAAGAUAUUGAAUGUUAAUUGAUAAGAUAUUUGAGAUAUUUGAAUAGAAAAGGAAUAGAAAUGAGAACAAGGAAAUUUAUUAAAUAUAUGUGACUGUUUAUAAAAUCUCAAAUAAAUCUAUGUUGAAUGGACCUUUUUAGCUAAAAUAUGUAUGUUAUAAUGAAUCCAACACCAAAAGCUUAUCAAAAUGUUAUCUAUAAAUUAAUUUAUAUCAUUCGUUUUCACUGUUUUCCCUGGAAAAUCAUCUAAAAUAAAAAGCGACAAAGUGCAAAGUGGCAUCAAUUUAAAA